UACAUUUUUUUAAGAACUGAAGAGAGAAAAUAUCAAAUAAAAAACUACAAUUUGUAGAAUUUGCUUUCUACAAUUGUCCCUAUUCCAUAAAUGAAAAACAAUAACAGCUGCCAAACGCAUAUGUAUCUCAAGAUCCAAGAGCUUAAACUGUCCAUACCAUCUGAAAGGAUUGCAUCGGUCUCAACGGCUAAGAAUCCAUAACUGUAAGAUCCUCUCUUUGACAUGGAAAAAGCUUUUAGUCCGGAAAAAUGGCAAGCCAAAGUGUCAGUUACGCUCACAAAAGCAAAGCCUAACCAAAUCUGGCUUCUCUAUACCGAUUUCUUCAAUUUCAACAAGUGGCUCCCAACGCUCACCACGUGUCACGGCGUCCACGGCUUCAACGGUGAACUCGGCUGCAUCAGAUUCUGCUCCGGCUCCUCCAUACGAUCCAACGGCGUAGAAUCCACCGUGGGAUGGUCUAGGGAGAAGCUGGUGGCCGUUGACCCCGUGGAGCGAGUGAUGAGAUACGAGAUAGUGGAAAGUAACAUUGGAUUCGAGUCAUAUGUCUCGACGGUGAGGAUAUUGCCACAUGAUGAAGAAAGUUGUGUGAUUGAGUGGGGUUUCACCGUUGAUCCCGUUGGAGGAUGGUCUCUAGAUGGUCUGGUAAAGAUGUAUGAGAAAGCACUUGGAAUAAUUGCCAAUAACAUGGAAGAGGCUUUGACAAGAACAUAGUCGUAUUUGAAAAGUUGUAGUAAAAGUAAACUGAACAUCAAAUAAAUCGAGAUUCUGCCCUUUUACUUUGUUUU